AUGCAGAAGCGAUGGAAAAUCUUCGUAAGCAACAUGAGGCCGAUCUCCACCAAAUGCGUGCUGAGCAUGCUGCUUUUAGAACUCAAUGGCAACAACAUCAACCACCACACACACACCAUGCCAGCCAUGUUUCCCCUGUCACCGAGGAGCAUCAUUCUUCCCCAGAUCCUUCCUACCUAUCCAACUCGGUCUCAUCGUUCUAAGCAAACCCAUAUUAGUCAUCCAGUUGAUGAUCGUCACUCGGUUCGUCGACACCCUUUUGUCGAUGGAAUCAUGGAAGUUCCUCUUCCGCCCGCCUGGAAACCAUUAAACAUUGAGCGAUAUGAUAACACCUCACACCCAGAUGAGCACAUCGAUGCAUAUAUCACUCAAAUAAACCUUUACACAAAUGAGGACGCCAUCAUGUGCCGUGUAUUCCCCACCUCGCUUAAAGGUGCCGCCCUCAGUUGGUACACCCAACUACCACCCAGAUCAGUUGACAACUUCAACACUUUAGUGCACCUUUUCUCCGCCCAGUAUGCCACUAGUAAGCCCCAUCAUAUCACAUCGGCCACGCUUUCAAAUCUACGACAACAGGAUGACGAAUCUUUACGGCAUUUCAUGGAGCGUUUUGCUAACGUCUCUAUCAAAAUCCGCAACCUUAAUCCCGAGGUCGCCCUUCAUUCCAUGCUUAUGGCACUCAAACCCGAGCCUUUUGUUUACAGCCUCUGUCGACAUCAACCGGCAAGCAUGGAUGAACUCAGAGCACGUGCAGCUGGAUAUAUUCAAAUGGAGGAACACGCUGAGUUCCAUAACUCGGUUCAUGACAGUUUCACCACCAAAGGAGAGUCUAGUACCAGGGAGAAGUCAAAAACUCAUUUCGACCAGAGAUCAAAAAGACCUCGUCAGUCACGAGGUCCCAGGUAUGAAUUUUAUACCCCCCUUAAUGCUCCUCGUGUUAACAUUUUAGAGGAAGCUAACCAUGCAGAUUUGAUCUCUCUGCCCCCACCGGCACACAAUCCGGUCAACGCUGAUAAGAGCAAACAUUGUUGUUAUCAUAGAAAUUAUAUAUAG